AUGACAAACGGUAAUCUCUUUCUCAACCAGCAACAACAGCAACAACAUGAUCCGCCUUCAUCAUCAUUAGCGACACGAAAUUUUGAAAUGUUGCAGCCUUCGUCGUUAACGACGACGAUGGUGGUCUCCGAUAUCUUGUUGGGUUCCAGGGAUGAUCAUCACCAUGCCAUCAUCAAUCCGAUGGGUACAUUACCAUGUGCAUUGAUAUCAUCGGAACAACAAAAUACAACUCUUUCUACUUCCAACUCGCUGGAUAUUAUUAUUGAUACAUCUAUUCCAUCAUCUCAAGGAGUAACGCCCGGGCACGGUGUCUACACAGCUCCCACACCCCUACAACAUACAACAACAGGCAACAACAAACGAAGAAUCAGUAUGGCAAGUACGAAAAGUACAGGCUCCAAUCUGUCGUCAUCGACGCCUUCUAGCCAUCCAAAAACCCCACCAGCCUCUUCCUCUUCCAAUAUUUCCCUACAUCAGCAUCUUGAUGUUGAUCACACUGCAGUAUAUGUAACGCCCAAAACUCGACAAUCCUUGUCUUACCCCAAUAGGGAUGAAAUUAGACCAUUUCCAAUUUCUAACCCACAAAAUCAUCACCAUGACUCACAUAUUACAAUUAUCAUACAACCAACAGCUAGUUCAACCUUAGAACACAAUAAUAAUAAUAAUGGUCCUAUGGCUGUUGGGUUUCUUUUUACACUCUACUCUGAAUUGAGUUAUUGGGCUAAAACAAUUGCUGUUGGACAGAGAGACAAUGCUCUUUCGAACAAUGAGCAAUUCAUUAGAUCAAUACCUUACCUUUCAGAAUAUCCACAUCACGAUAGCAUUCCAAAACAAUUACCCAACAGUCUAACUAAUUUUCAUCAUCUAUUCGACGAUGUCUUACAUGUAAUUUUAUCAUUUUUAGAUUGUAAAUCCAUUUUACGCUUUUCAUUGACUGCCUCAUACUAUUAUCAUAUAUGCCAUUCCAACCCUGUUUGGGAUCAAUAUCUGUAUCUAGAAUGUUACAUUAAAUUUUCAAAAGUGUCACUACCUGAGAGAUUUGCAAAUUUAUACAAUGCCAAACCUGAGAGACGACGGGAAUUAUUGCAAAAUUUGGAUGCUCCUGAAAAUUCAGAUUUAAACUUCCGUCAACAGCAAUUAUUGAAAGCAAUUGAUACUUUUGCUACGUUUUAUCAACCUUCUCAAGAAGAAACCUUAUAUAACAAGUAUUUUGAGCUUAAAAAUGAGUAUGAAGAAAAACUUCCUCAACCUACGCCAAUACCUCAAGUCAACAAUAUUGAGGUUGCCUCAGUAGCACAUAAUGAAUUAACAGGCGUAGAUGACGUAUCAAUCAUGAACGAACAAGAGGAAAGCUCCGACGAAAUUCAGAGCGCAAUAGCCUAUGAUGAGGAUAUCAAUAUAUUCUUUGAAACCAUGAAUAGAGUAUUUAACAGAGGCGAACCAGCCAAUUUACAAAGUGUCACCAGUAUUAAUACUUCUGGGUCAAGACUUUUUCCACGCAAAAAUAGUGUUGCCACUGUCGAUGAAAAUCCCAUAGCUUCCUCUAAAGAUUUAUCUUCAAUUGUAGGAAGACGUUCUAAAGAGCUAGGCAUAUUAAGCGGGGAGGAUGAUUUCAAAACAAUCACCAACGAAGGAAAUGAUAACCAAAAACCAUCUAUGGAGCUUAAAAUUACAUCCAUUCCAAACAAGCACUUUAGCAUGACAUCAGAACAACUUGAAAUUGAUGGCACGUACAACAAUGAAAAGGCGACAACCAAUGCUGAGGGGCAUACCAUGGGGUGGUUUGGACAGCUUAAAGCAUCGAUCGCUCAACAAUAUCGUGACUUUAAAGAAAAAGCUCCCAGUUACCAAAGAAGAGGACACACACCUCAUGUACGAUACUCGAGAGUGCCAAUUGACAAACUUUACUCUUCCUAUUGCAUUUUCAGACAAGAGAAAAUUAGAAACCCAAUUAUUAGAGGCAAGCUUUUGAAAUUAUAUGUCAAUCAAAUCAAGAAACGAUAUAGACCAAUUACCCGAUGGCUAAAUCACGUCAAGCUGAUUUCAUGGCUAUUCUUUAUGGCGUUUAUUGUGUUAUUAGCCUUAAAGCUGGAUGCAUACAUUGAUUGGCCUUGGUUUAUUUGCUUUGCACCAGCAGUUGGUAGUAGUGUCAUUGCUAUCAUUCUUACAGUAAUUUUGUGGACUCCAACUAUUGGUUGGCCGAUUGUUCUCUAUCGAUGGGUUUCUGGAGAUUGUGUAGGAUUUUGGUCGUCGUAUGCAUAUUGUUUAAGCCCGAGAGGCAGAAUUAUUCAACUAGCCGCUGGAAUCUUACUGCCCUUAACACCAUGCUCUACAUUUUUCAUAUCCCUAUUUCCAGAAGUGCCGCUCUAUUUACCGUGUGUGGUAAUUGCAGGAACUUGCUUGAUUUGGAUGUACACAUGCACUCAGAUCAUUUACAAGACUGGAAAGAGAGUGUAUCCCUAUGUACUGUUUUUAGCAUGGUUAGGAUUAGGAAUGUUUUGCGGAGCAAUUAUUUUGAAAUUUGCCAUUCCCUUCUUCACUGCCAAUGUGAAAUGGUACAUUGUUUGUACGCCUCUUUACAUUGUGAUCAUUUUAAUUUUCAUCUAUCAAAUUAAGCUAUCCUUUGACCUUAGCGUUGCGUCCACAAAAGCAUGCGUGAGCCUUAUUUGGAGUUUGACAUUUGUUGCCUUUAUGUGUAUUGUGAUUCUAUCAUUAGUUUUUGUCAUUUUGCGAAUGGAUGAAGUCAUUUCUUGGUCCUAUACGAUUUCAUUCAUCCCCAUGUAUGUCAUUCUCCAAAUGGGAUUACUCUACUAUGGAAUUCGUGCUUUCACAAACAAGCUCUCUCCAACAGUUCUCAAAAAUCCAUUUUCAAUAUUUACAAAUGGAAUGAAAAACAAUGCAGAUAUGGACACUUAUAUUUUGUAG